AUGACAGAAACCUGCAAGCAACUAAUGGAAAUCUUGAAGUCGGCUGGUUUUGUUCUGCGAAAAUGGGCGUCAAACUACAAAACAGUUCUCAGCGGCGUUCCGGAAGAACUCUGGGAGACAUCAACAGAACGAGAGCUCGAUCGUUCUCAAGCCGCCAAAACCUUGGGUUUGUUAUGGUUUCCCCGGGAGGAUGUAUUCAAAUUCAAGAUCCCUGCUCUCUCAGAACUUAAAAUUGUUACUAAGCGCAUUGUGGUUUCUGAGAUGUCUCAGCUGUUUGAUCCCCUUGGACUCCUGGGGCCUGUAGUCGUUAACGCAAAGAUGUUCGUCCAAACCCUCUGGGAGGCUGAUCUAUCGUGGGAUUCUGAGCUUGCAGAAGAGUCGGCACUAUGGUGGAGGAAAUAUCGUAGCGACAUUAAGGAGCUGUCAUCGUUACAAAUCCCUCGAAGAGUUUUGCGGAACACACUACAACAAUACACGAUCCACUGUUUUUGCGAUGCGUCGCAGAAAGGUUACGGUUGCUGCAUCUACAUUGUAUCAUCUGACGAACAAGGCCAAUUCCACUCGCAUCUUCUCACCUCAAAAUCUCGUGUUGCUCCGCUUCGUGGUCAAUCUAUUCCUCGCUUGGAGCUGUGCGCAGCUCUUCUUGGCAGCCAAUUGGUUCACAAUUUGCUAACGAACAUAAGAAUCACCGGAUCAGUAACAUUUUGGACGGAUUCAACAGUCGUUCUUCACUGGAUCAAUUUCCGAUCUAACUGUUGGAAAGUUUUCGUCUCCAAUCGAGUUGCAGAGAUUCAACGUCUUACAAAGGGUUACAAAUGGAGGCACAUAUCGACGGAAUUGAACCCUGCUGAUCGUAUUUCCCGAGGAAUGCUCGCAAGCCAAAUCCUGCACGACAAGCUGUGGUGGUAUGGUCCAGAAUUUCUUUCCUCCCCCGUCGAAAUGUGGCCGGAAGGCGUUGUAUCGAUACCAUUUAAACCCGAACUGGAAGUGGAAAUGCGUCCAAUGGUUUCUCUUCACGCAAUAGAAGAAAACUUCAACAUCUUCAAUCGGUUUUCGGAGCUAGCAAAGUUAUUACGAGUCGUUGCCUACUGUUAUCUUUUUCGAAAUAACUGCAAACUUCCGGAAAAUGACAGCAUACCAUCAUCAUUGUCGCCCGAAGAAGUAGACAUUACGCUCAAGUCCCUCAUUCGAAUCGCACAGUAUCAGGAAUUUCCCACGGAAGUUCACACUUCAUGGAGGACCUUCACUUCUCCUUGCAACAAUUCGCCAACGUUCGAGUUAGCUCGGAAGAUUGUACGUCGGUGCGUAAUCUGCUUCAGGAGCAAUCCUACAACUACAAACCAAAUCAUGGCACCUCUACCAUCAGUACGCCUAAAACCAGCCCGAGCCUUUACCUAUUCAGGAAUGGACUACUGUGGGCCGUUUUUCGUUCGUCUGCUGUUUGGGAAAGGUGCGUCGGUUAAAGUUUACGUUGCGAUGUUCGUCUGCUUGGUGGUGAAGGCCGUGCAUCUCGAAGUCGUCGCUGACUUGUCGACCGUCGCGUGCAUCAACGCCGUCAAACGUUUUGUCGGCAGUCGUGGCCGCGUUCUCGAAUUACACUGCGACAAUGCAACCGCUUUUGUCGGGGCGGAUCGCGAAUUGCGUCUACUUCGGAAGGAGUUCCAGCAACAAUUCAAGUCGAAGGAAUGGGGCGAAUUCUGCGCAUGA